GGUCCUCUCCCGCUCCCUCCAGUGGCUCGCACACGCUGCAGCCACCAACGCCCGCAACGCCGUCCUCGCCGUCCUCGCCGCAGGCCCCGUCCCCCGCCAUGUCGCCUUCGUCAUGGACGGCAACAGGCGGUACGCGCGCUCGCACCAGAAGCGCGUCCAGGAGGGCCAUGCGGAGGGCUUCAUUGCUCUGCGGCGCGUGCUGGAGAUAUGCCUGCGUCUGAAUGUGCGCUGCGUGUCUGUCUACGCAUUCGCCAUCGAGAACUUCAAGCGCAUGCCGGAGGAAGUCGACGCUCUCAUGACGCUCGCAGAGACCAAGCUCCUCGAGCUCUGCCAACACGGCGACCUGCUGCACGAGUACGGCGUCCGGCUGAACGUCCUCGGCAAGACGAGCCUGCUCCCGCCAAACGUACAGGCUGCGAUCCGCAAGGCGGAGGAUCUCACACGGGACAACGACCGUGCGAUCCUCAACCUCUGCAUGCCCUACGCCGCCCGGAACGAGAUCGCCACAGCCGUCGACCUCGCUAUCGAGGACGCACUCUCCAAAGCGGCAGAGGACGGCUCCAAACCAGAGAUCACAGAAGACGAUGUCGCCGCUCAGCUGAUGACCACGCGCGCGGGCAGCCCCCCGCUCGACCUCCUCGUGCGCACCAGCGGCGUCCGCCGACUGAGCGACUUCCUCCUCUGGCAGUGCUGCGAGGACACGCAGCUGCAGUUCAGCCCGACAUACUGGCCUGAUUUCGGCCUGUGGGACUUUGUGCCGAUCAUCUUGGAUUACCAGCGGCGAGCGUGGGCCGCGUAGGUCGCUUGCUCUUAGGACUUUUGUAUCGUAACUUACUGUAAUACACUGCCUACCUUCGUGGAUACGACUGCAGUUCAAUUGUGAAUCGGUAUCUUGCCUGAAGGACCGCAACACCACAACAAUCAAUGUUCCAGUCGACCCUACGUUCUGAUCCACCUUACUAGUACAGUACCCCGAUAGCCCAUGUCUACAUAGGGCUUCGCCCUAACGCGACAAUAAACAGGAUUUUACAAACAAA